AUGGGGCAUCAGGUGAUAAUAUUUGACUUUUCUCUCAUAAGAGGACUGUGGGAAACUCGAGUCAAGAAGAACAAAGAACGUCAGAGGAAAGAGAAAGAAAGAUUAGAAAAAAGCUCACUGGAGAAAUCAGGCUUAAAGAUUUAUUUGCCGGAAUGGAAUUUCAUACUAGAGUGCCGGAAGAAAGGCAUUCCUCAAUCAAAAUACCUAAGGAAAGGCUUUGUAAACACUGAUGAGAAGAUCCUGGACACUUAUGGAAAGGCUCCACAGCUCCAGAAGAGGCAUGCUUUGUCAGAUAAAGAAAAUAAAACAAGAAACAAGUUUAUUUUUCAGCUUUCUGGAGAGCAGUGGAUGGAAUUCCCAGAUUCUCUCAAAGAACAGAUCUAUCUGAAAGAAUGGCAUGUGUGCAACACACUGAUACAAACCAUUCCAGCUUACAUUGCAUUAUUUCAAGAUCUGAGAGUACUGGAGCUGUCAAAAAAUCAAAUCAGCCAUCUCCCAGUGGAAAUUGGCUGCUUAAAAAACCUCAAAGUGCUCAAUGUGAGUUUCAAUAAUUUGAAGUCAGUCCCUCCAGAAGUGGGUGAUUGUGAGAAUCUGGAAAAACUGGAUUUGUCUGGAAAUCUGGAAAUAACAGAGCUCCCAUUUGAACUAAGUAACCUGAAAAAAGUCACAGUUGUGGACGUGUCAGCAAACAAGUUCCAUUCUGUUCCAAUUUGUGUACUCCGGAUGUCUAAUUUGCAGUGGUUGGAUAUUAGCAGCAACAACCUGACAGAUCUCCCAGAAGACAUAGACAGGUUAGAUCAACUGCAGACACUUCUCCUACAGAAAAACAAGCUGACUUAUCUUCCACGAGCUCUGGUCAAUAUGCCAAAGCUCAGUUUGCUAGUUGUCAGUGGUGAUGACCUGGUUGAGAUACCCACAGCUGUCUGUGAGUCAACCACAGGUUUAAAAUUCAUAAGCCUCAAGGACAGCCCAGUUGAAACUAUUGUAUGUGAAGACACCAAAGAAAUUAUAGAAAGUGAACGUGAACGGGAGCAAUUUGAGAAAGAGUUUAUGAAAGCAUACAUUGAAGAGCUAAAGGAAAGGGAUUCUACUCCUUGCUAUACUAGGAAAGUAUUACUCAGUCUUCAGCUCUGA